AAUGGGCCAAGCCUAAUCCAAUAUCAAGAUUACCAUUAUUUUUCCUAUUGGUACCCAAAAAAAAAGAAGGAUAUUGUCCCUCACUCCUUGUGGUAAACACAAAGCCUCAUCCACGACCACAAACGAUCAAUUUGCAUAUGAAAUCAUCAUAGCCAUUAUCAUCAUCAUCAUCAAAUACAGGCAUCAGACGGUUAGAAUGGCAAGUUGUCCUUUUGAUCAAAACCGGUCCCACCAUCAACCGCCGGAUAACGGUCAUGAUGAACAAAACUGUAAAAACAUCAAUUUCCCACCAAAUUCCUGAAAUAUUUGCGCUUUUUAAGUGAAUUAAUGCUGUUCAUUCUUCUUUGGGAGUUUGCCUUGAAAAUACCACAUCUUUAGAGGUUGAAGGAGAGAACCAGAGGUUGAGAGGGAGGGAUGGGAAGAGGGAGGGCAUUUAUGUAUGUGAUCCUUGGGGGAGGUGUAGCAGCAGGAUAUGCAGCUCUAGAAUUCACAAAGAGAGGGGUUUCUCGUGGUGAACUCUGCAUUAUCUCUGAGGAAACUGUAGCCCCAUAUGAGAGGCCGGUAUUGAGCAAAGAUUUUUUACUUCCUGAAAGUAAGCAUUUGAAUCUGACUCUUCUGAGUCUGGUUUUUUUAUCCAACUGUAUUCAUGACAGAAGAUAGUUCUCAACAUUGUGUUUACUUCAUGAGAAUUAGCACUUGCCUCUAGCUUUCUAGUUCUCCUUGAAAUUUUGGGAGUGUAUGAAAUGCUUUAAGCUCUCUUGCUGAAGUGUUUCAACAAUAUGAAGAGGAAUUAUGCACUAGUUGAGAAGAGCAGGGUUUUAUUUACACUUUCACUCUAUGGCGUAAUUUGUUCAGAGGAUCAAUUUAUCCCUUCCUUAAUGUUCACUGGAGAAACCUUUGGGGUAAGGGGGCGGAUGUCUAUGCUGAGCUUUAGCUCUGGUUGUCAUAAAGCUAAUCAUUUCCACAUUCAUCAUUUUCCUUUUCUGUCCUCUUCCUUCAGUUUUUCUUGAUGUUCUCUCGUUAGAACUGUUAAAUUUUAUGGCAAACUGCAGAUCCUGCACGCCUUCCAUCAUUUCACACAUGUGUUGGUGACAAUGAAGAAGAGUUAACUCCAAAAUGGUACAAACAACAUGGUAAAUUUUCUAACAGUGUGAUUGUCCUUAUUAUUCUCUGAUCAUAAUGAAAACAUAAGAAGUGACAUCCUUUUGUUUAAAUGUAUAUGUCCUACCAUUUAUGCUGUACUUGCAAAUAGCAUUGCUUUUGUGUUGCAUCAUGGAUGAUUUGCCUGUUUUACAGAAAGGGAAUUUGGGUUUAAGAUUUCUAAUUAAUACAUAUUUGGAUGCGUCAGGCAUCUUUUGUGUCUGCAACUUUUACCACAGAACUAAACUUCAUUUAUUUUCAUUUCUUGAAAUGAGUUGAAACACAGAUCAGAACUACUUAACCACAUGAAAAUGGGGCUCCCUCCUUGUUUCUGUUUAAUCGUUGGAUUCAGGGUGUUGGUAUAUCGGCCUUGUCCAUUACCAGGGUUAAAAGAUGAAGCUGUCACUGUUUUUCUAAAUAUUCCAAGUACAACCAUGUUUCUUGUUGUUUAUAAAGUGAAAAAUGCUUC